ACCAUACUCCUCCUCGUCGUGCUGUGCACCCACUGCACGCACUGCAGCCAUGGUGCCUGCUGCUCGGGAGCUACAAGAGACCUCCUCGUCGUCGUCGUGGACGUCGUCCUACACGACCAGCUCCACGUCCAUGUCAUGCUCGUCCACCGUCACAGACUCGUCGUCCUGCCCUUCCUCGCCGGCGAGAGCCGUCAAUGCCGCGGCGCCGGCGCCGCGCAAGCGGCAGCUGGAGGAGGAGGAGGAGAGGGAGGAGGAGGAGAUGACGAUGGAGACGGAGGAGGGGAAGACUACGACGACGAAGACGAAGAAGCAGAGGAAGCGGAGCAGCGACGGGAAGCACCCGGUGUACCGCGGCGUGCGGAUGCGGGCGUGGGGCAAGUGGGUGUCGGAGAUCCGCGAGCCGCGCAAGAAGUCGCGCAUCUGGCUGGGCACGUUCCCCACCGCCGAGAUGGCGGCCCGCGCGCACGACGUCGCCGCGCUCGCCAUCAAGGGCGCCCGCGCCGCGCACCUCAACUUCCCGGAGCUCGCCGACGUGCUCCCGCGCGCCGCCUCGCCGGCGCCCAAGGACGUGCAGGCCGCCGCCGCAUUGGCCGCCGCGUUCACGGCCUCGCCAUCUUCGUCCGCCGAUCAGUCGCAGGAGGAGGGCGUCGUCCAAGAAGAGAAGAACGACGCCGGCGCCGCCGCUGAGCCGGAGUCUGCUGCUGCCACGCCAACGAGCGGGGAUGAGGCGAAGGCGGAGGCGGAGCUGCAGCUGUUCGACCUGCCGGACCUGCUCCUCGACAUCCGGGAUGGGUUCGGGUUCUCGGCCACCAUGUGGGUUCCGCUCCCCGACGUGGAGGAGGUCAAUGCGGAGCUCCGGCUCGAGGAGCCACUCCUUUGGGAGUAG